AUGUUUCUUGAGAUAGAAGACGAAACCCGUGAUUUUGUUACGAUUUAUAAAAAGGAUUUUCUGGGUACGGGAACCGAAAAACGGAGAGAAUACAGGCCGAAAUCCACGUAUCCACCGCCAUUGAACCUCUUAAAUGGGCCGUAUAAGAAACGUCUGAAUACUCGUCGAAAAAAUUUGUCGUUACCUUUAGAGGAACAAACUGAAGAUCCUCAAGAAAAUUUAAACAAGAUCCGCGACAAGUAUCCACGUUUGAAAAAUAUUCUUCCGGAAGCGGUACCAGACGAAGAUCUGGUCGAUCAAAAGGAAAAUGAAUUGUUGCAAACUAUAUACAUCUCGGAUUAUUCGAAAGGAAAUUUUUAUGUAAAUCUAGGUGAUUAUUCGUCCCGUGUGAAUAUAUAUGCAAGAUGGAAAGAUAUUCGUUUGCCAGAAAAUUGGGUGAUAUCAGAAACUGUUCAACGAAAAUCUUACAGGAACCCGUGGAAAAUUGCUUCUGACCAUUUACUUCGUACUGCCAGAGCUGAGAAACCUCCGGACAAUUUGGUGCCAAGUGAAAAAGAAAGAGAGAUUCUACGUACAAGAACUGGAGAUUCAGAGUACGACGCUACAAUUGCUGCUUCCGGAAAUAAAAUAAUAAAAGAGAAAUUACUAGGGGAACCAUUACCAGUUGAACCAAAAAUAUAUAUUAAAGGACCAGACAGUCCACGGUCUGAAUGUUCUCAAGUAUCAGCGGAAAAGAAGCUUGUACUUCCGUCCAACAUAUUCUAA